GCAGAGAGGAGAAAGAAGAAAGAGGAGAGAGAAAGCGAGUUUCCCACUCUCUCUCUCUUUCUGCUUUCCCUCUCUGAUUUGUAUGCUUGUGAGAGGGGAAACUCGACAGAGGAGGGAGAGGAGAGAGAGAGGGGGUAAGGAUAGACUAGAGAGAAGUCUCUGCGAAUGAGCUUUGACCCUCUCUCGUCCAUGGCAGGUUCACACCCUUGGUUCCUCUUUUCAUCCUCUUCUUCUAGCCCGACACUUYUUUCAUUCCAUUAAAGCACCUCACGGUCUUAAAACCCACCUGGGUUUUGUUUAGAGUUCUCUUUCCCUGCGUGGAAAUUCAGAAAUCUUGUAGGUUUUCGCUCUGGAACUGACCCGUCCUGCUUCAUUUCACGGGACUAGACCAUUUCUCUGCAAGGAAGAUUCUGUGCUUUCUAUAAAGGGUUCUCUCCUAUUCAACAUUUUCUUUCUUCAAAACGGUCCAAGAGCUCUGCAGCGGAUUUAGUUCCUUGAACCCACGUUUUCUUGACCUUAUUUGGUUGUUUCGCCAUUGGGAACUUGAACAGAGGCUAGGUUUUCUUGGUUUCAGGCUUUUACAAUUUCUGGAAGAUUUUGAUUGAUACUUUCUUUUUAUUUCGAUCGAUCUCGUUCAGAACUUGCGACGCGUAGUGUUCAAAGAUCACAAAAAGGUAGAAAGUAAAGCUUUGAAAGAUGGGUAAUUGCUGUACGACGCCCACGCUUGCUAUAGGGAACAAAAAGGCAAAGAAAAAACCGAACCCUUUCUCCAUUGAUUACUCUGUAAAUUAUGCUGCCGGAGGUGAAAAUAAGCUCACGGUCUUGAAAGAACCGACUGGUACUGACAUUGAGAGCACAUACGAGCUGGGUCGCGAGCUUGGGAGAGGAGAAUUUGGGGUCACGUAUCUUUGCACAGAUAAAUCUACUGGGGAGCAAUUUGCUUGCAAAUCAAUUUCAAAGAAGAAGUUGAGAACAGCCAUCGAUGUCGAAGAUGUGAGAAGAGAGGUAGAGAUCAUGAGGCAUUUGCCUAAUCACCCAAAUAUCGUAAGCUUGAAGGACACGUACGAGGAUGACAAUGCUGUUCAUCUCGUGAUGGAGCUGUGUGAAGGUGGGGAAUUAUUUGACCGGAUCGUCGCCAGGGGACACUACACCGAGCGAGCUGCUGCUGCCGUUACCCGAACUAUCGUCGAAGUUGUUCAGGUGUGCCAUAAGCAUGGAGUGAUGCAUAGGGACCUAAAACCUGAGAACUUUUUGUUUGCAAACAAAAAGGAAACAGCACCUCUAAAGGCAAUUGAUUUUGGAUUGUCAAUGUUCUUUAAACCUGGUGACCGGUUUACUGAGAUAGUGGGAAGUCCUUAUUACAUGGCUCCGGAGGUGCUAAAACGGAAUUAUGGCCCUGAAGUUGAUGUCUGGAGUUGUGGAGUGAUCCUUUAUAUCUUACUUUGUGGGGUUCCACCCUUCUGGGCAGAAACUGAACAAGGUGUUGCACAGGCAAUUAUUCGCUCUGUCUUAGAUUUUACGAGAGAUCCCUGGCCCAAAGUUUCUGAUAAUGCGAAAGACCUUGUGAAAAAGAUGCUUGAUCCUGACCCAACGCAGCGAUUGACGGCUCAGCAGGUUCUUGAUCAUCCCUGGAUACAAAAUGCAAAGAAGGCUCCAAAUGUGUCUUUGGGUGAAACCGUGAAAGCAAGGCUCAAGCAAUUCUCUGUAAUGAACAAGCUCAAGAAAAGAGCUUUGAAGGUGAUUGCUGAGUUUUUAUCUGUUGAAGAAGUGGCUGGCAUAAAGGAGGCAUUUGAAAUGAUGGACACUGGUAACAAUGGCAAGAUCACCAUUGAGGAAUUGAGAGAUGGUUUGCAAAAGCUUGGCCAUCAUAUCCCUGAACCUGAUGUUCAGAUUCUAAUGGAUGCUGCUGAUUUAGAUGGAGAUGGAGCUUUGGACUAUGGGGAGUUUGUUGCAGUUUCGGUUCACCUAAGAAAGAUGGGCAAUGAUGAACACUUGCGGAAAGCCUUUUCUUUCUUUGAUCAAAAUCGGAGUGGGUAUAUAGAGAUUGAAGAACUACGGGAGGCCUUGGCUGAUGAAGAGGGUGGGGAUGCCAACAAUGAGGAAGUCAUCAAUGCCAUUAUUCAGGACGUCGACACAGACAAGGAUGGACGCAUUAGUUAUGAGGAGUUUUCUGCAAUGAUGAAGGCCGGUACAGAUUGGAGGAAAGCAUCAAGACAGUAUUCCAGAGAACGGUUCAAUAGUCUCAGCUUGAAGUUGAUGAAGGAUGGGUCUUUGCAAGCAGUAAAUGGUGGUGCUAGAUAAGACGGGGAAUCAGAACAAAAAGAAAAAAAGAAUUAAAAGUAAAGAAAUUUCUUUAUUUUUGUUGAGUCUACAAAAUUCUUUUUUUUUUCCUUACAUUUUGUUAUUAUCAUCUUGGACAAUGAUUAUGUUCUACUUUUGGGGAUUGGAGCGGAUGUGUAUUUCAUGGCUAAUGGCUAUAGUUCCAUGUUUUUUGAGAGUUUUCUGGAGGAGAAAAAUGGGUCAUAGAAAAUUGAAGGCAUGGGAAGGUUGUUAUUGUCGUUGUAAAUAUGUCAAUCUGGCUGAAACACUCCCCUUUUGAUUAAGAAUCAUUGUCUAUAUGCUGCUUAUCUGCUACCCCCACAAGUCCUGUUUGUCUUAGAGAGACAUACACAUGAUAAAUGAAAUUGUUAGUGUUUUUAUGGUUA